AUGUGCCCUGGUAACUGGCUGUGGGCGUCCAUGACGUUUAUGGCCCGCUUCUCCCGGAGCAGCUCAAGGUCUCCUGUUCGCACUCGAGGGAGCCUGGAGGAGAUGCCAACCGUUCAACACCCUUUCCUCAACGUGUUCGAGUUGGAGCGGCUCCUGUACACAGGCAAGACAGCCUGUAACCAUGCCGACGAGGUCUGGCCAGGCCUCUACCUCGGAGACCAGGACAUGGCUAACAACCGCCGAGAGCUUCGUCGCCUGGGCAUCACCCACGUCCUCAAUGCGUCCCACAGCAGGUGGCGAGGCCCACCUGAGGCCUACCAGGCCCUGGGCAUCCGCUACCUGGGAGUGGAGGCCCACGACUCGCCAGCCUUCGACAUAAGCAUCCACUUCCAAACAGCUGCCGACUUCAUCCACCGGGCUCUGAGCCAGCCAGGAGGGAAGAUCCUGGUGCACUGUGCGGUAGGAGUGAGCCGAUCCGCCACGCUGGUGCUGGCCUACCUCAUGCUGUACCACCGCCUCACCCUCGUGGAGGCCAUCAAGAAAGUCAAGGACCACCGCGGAAUCAUUCCCAACCGAGGCUUCCUGCGGCAGCUCCUGGCCCUGGACCGCAGGCUGCGGCAGGGUCUGGAGGCGUGAGGGGGGACGGGAGGGCAGCCGGGCCCUGGGGGGGCCCUGGCUCCCAGCUGGAAAGAGGAAGCCGGGUGGCAGGUGGCCGGAGCCGGGAACCCAUCCUCCCCUGGAAGCAGGACAGUGAGAGGCUGAGCCCCAGGCCACUGUGGCUGUGCGGGAGGGGCCGGGAGUGGGGUGGGCGGGCGACCCGGUGCGGGUGACCGGGAAGGAGGCCGCCCCGCUGUCGGUGGAAGACGCUCCAGGGAUUCAGACGCCCCUGGGUUCCAGCCAGGGUGUGACCGGCGAUCUGCAGCCCCUUCCCCUCUUUGUGCCUAAGUGUUCCCCCCUCUCACGAACCAAAACGAAAGGGCCAUCCGUGUCCUGCGGGGGCGCAGACGCACGAAUGCGACGGGGCCGUUGUGUGAAGCCCGUAGCGUAGACAGACGGCAAAGACUGGGUGUGAAAACCGCGAAGCCGGAGGAGAACCCCAGAGCCUUGCCGCCCGGGCGCUGGGAGGGAGGCGUGUGAGGGCUGGCGCUGCGCCUGCGGC